UACAUCUAUUGUCAACUGUCAUACAUAUGUCAAAAGUCAAAAGUUAAUUUAUAUUUGCUGUACUUACAUAUAAUUUGUUUAAACCAAUUUGUUAUUUUAGUUUAAUUAUGUUCACUAUAAUCUAAACGAAAAAGAAGAACAAUUGAUGUCUUACAAUGAAGCAGCCCGUAGAGCCAAGGAAAGAAGAUUGUUGUAAUAGUGGUUGCAAUCCUUGUAUAUUUGAUGUUUAUGAAAAACAAUUACGAGACUAUGAAUUAUUUUUGUCACAAAAUGAUAUACCUGAAAGAACAGACAAUGGGAUAUCGCAAUUAGAGUAUACUACGUUUUUUGUACAUGAAAUUAAGACGAUAUGUGAUUCACAUAAGCUAAUAACAUUUAAAAGGUUAAACCAGGAAAAAAUUAAGUAUCAAGUACAAUGGAACCCAGGAGAUCAUUUUUUAGUUAAAUAUUGCUCUGAUAACGCAGUGUGUACACGUGCUUAUACACCUAUAAAAUUAAAAGAAAGUUAUAAAUUAGGAUUUGAUUUUUCUAUAGUUUUAAAACAUUAUAAUUCUGGUUUAGUUUCAAAAUACCUAUACAGUUUGCAAGAGGGUGAAGAAACUUUAUGGCGUGGGCCUUACGGCUCAUAUAAAAUAAUGCCUAAUAAAUUUAGCAGAAUAAUUAUGUUAGCUCAAGGUACAGGCAUAGCACCAUUUGUUUCGAUAAUAGAUAGUAUAUUGAGCAAUGAAGAUGAUAUGACUAGGAUGUUUCUGGUUUAUUGUUGUUCUUCUUUAGAUGUGAUAUUGUUUAGAAAUGAGCUGUAUAAUUUUAAAUCUUUUUGGAAUUUCUCUUAUAAAGUUUUUCUUAGUUCUUCCGACUACAAAAAUACUAAAUAUCAAGAACCUAUAAUUAAUUUUAAACUAAAAUGUGCAGAUUUGGUAAAUUUGAAACCUUUUACAACCAAAGAUCAAGUGUUAUUAUGUGGUUGUUCUGAUUUUAUGGAAGAAUACAAAAUUUUUUUCACAAAUGAGGGAUUAUUAUCGGAUAACAUAGUUAUAAUGUAAUAAAAUA